AGGGAGCCAAGAUUUUCACAAAACUGGACUUAAGAAAUGCAUAUCAUCUAGUCAGGAUAAGGGAGGGGGAUGAAUGGAAAACAGCAUUCAACACACCAACUGGACAUUAUGAAUAUUUGGUAAUGCCUUUUGGGCUUACUAACGCUCCAGCUGUUUUCCAGAACCUUGUCAACGAUGUCCUGCGCGACAUGUUGAAUGUUUAUGUUUUUGUUUAUUUAGAUGAUAUUCUGAUAUUCUCCCCGGAUGAGGAGACUCACAUUAUUCAUGUCCGCUCUGUUUUGCAGCAGUUACUGCAGAAUCAACUCUAUGUCAAGGCUGAGAAAUCCUCAGAAUCCACAGUUCCAGCUGCAUUAACCUUGGUGAGACGCUGCAGGAGGACCUGGGAGCGAGCCCGCCAGAUGCUGCUGCGCCAGGGACGGUCCUACAAAGCCGCUGCUGACCGUCGGAGGACACCGGCCCCGAACUACAAAGUGGGUCAGCGAGUUUGGCUUUCGACCAAACAUAUUCCACUCCGGGUGGAGUCCAAGAAGCUCGCUCCCAGGUUCGUUGGGCCCUUCCCCAUCACAAAAAUCAUCAACCCUGUCACCGUGAAGCUGAGGCUCCCAAGGUCUAUGCGGGUCCACCCUACUUUUCACGUCAGCCUACUCAAGCCAGCCCGGGAGUCCCCUCUGGUCCCGCCUUCCAGGCCCCCUCCUCCCCCCCGGUUUGUGGAUGGGGGCCCUGUCUUCUCUGUGAAGCGGCUGUUGUCAUCUCGUCGGAGGGGCAGGGGAUUUCAAUAUCUGGUGGACUGGGAGGGCUAUGGGCCUGAGGAGCGUUCCUGGGUACCGUCUGCGUUUAUCGUGGAUGAUUCGCUCAUUCGGGACUUCCACGUUGCGCAUCCAGGGGCCCCAGGGCCGUCUGGGGCCGGCCGUUAAGGGGGGGGGGUACUGUCAUAUGUGUGUGUUCCGGGUUUUGUCUUGCCCCCCCCGUUUCACACACACCUGGUCCUGUGAGCAUCUUCAUCACCUGUGCCUCGUUCACCCUAAUUACCCCUUGUAUAUAACCUCGUGUCUCAUUUCCUCUCGUUGCCAGUUCGUUGUACCUUGUCGUCGCGUUCCAGCAUUCCUUGUUUCCACGUCAUAGAUUCACAGUAAGACUUGACCCUGUUCCGAUUAUCGACCUUGUCUCUUUGCCUCAUGUUUUUGGAUACUGUUGCCUCUCUUGGAUUGCCUUCCUGUGUACCGACCUAUGCCCGUCUAUUAAACCUCUCUUUUUGGAAACUGUCAA